AUGGCAAGUAGGAAAACCACCGUUCCACUCCUUAUUCUUUUGCUUUCUCUGUUUUUGAAGUUUCUCAUGGUUGAAGCUCUUACAAUCAAUUCUAAUGACAUUGAUCUCAACAAAGCUUGCAUUGAGGAAGAGCGGAAAGCGCUUCUUGAAUUCAAACAUGGCCUGUAUGAUCCUUCAGGUAGGCUUUCUUCCUGGAUUGGUUCUGAUUGCUGCAAGUGGACAGGUGUGGAUUGCAACAAUCGGACAGGGAAUGUUGUCAAGGUUGACCUCAGAGAUCGUGGCUUCUUUCUUUUGGGUGGUGAGAUAAGUGGUUCCUUACUUGACUUGAAACAUUUAACUUACCUAGACCUAAGUCUUAAUGAUUUUCAAGGAAUUCCAAUUCCAAAUUUCUUGGGCUCAUUUGAAAGGUUCAGAUACCUUAAUCUCUCUAAUGCACGAUUUGGUGGGAUGAUUCCUCCUCAUCUUGGAAAUUUAUCACAGUUACGUUAUCUUGAUCUUUUUGGAGGAGGAGAUUAUCCAAUGAGGGUUUCUAAUUUAAAUUGGCUUUCUGGUCUUUCUUCUUUAAAAUACCUUGAUCUGGGGUAUGUGGACCUUAGUAAAACAACCACAAAUUGGAUGCGAGCUGUAAACAUGCUUCCAUUUUUGUUAGAAUUACAUUUGUCCGUUUGUGAACUCAGUCACUUCCCUCAGUACUCCAAUACAUUUGUUAAUUUGACUUCGGUUUUGGUCAUUGAUCUCUCCUACAACAAUUUCAACACUACUUUGCCUGGCUGGUUGUUUAACGUCAGUACCCUUACGGAUCUUUAUUUAAAUGGUGGUACAAUUAAAGGUCCGAUUCCCCAUGUUAACUUGCGAUGCCUUCGCAACUUGGUGACCUUAGAUCUCUCAUACAAUAGUAUUGGAGGUGAAGGAAUUGAAUUCCUGAAUCGAUUAUCAGCAUGCACUAAUAAUUCCUUGGAAGAGUUAAACUUGGGCAGUAAUCAAGUCAGUGGUCAGUUGCCAGAUUCAUUAGGGCUCUUUAAGAAUUUAAAAUCCUUGGACUUGAGCAAUAAUAGUUUUGUUGGUCCCUUCCCCAAUUCAAUUCAACACCUUACCAACUUAGAGAGUCUUGAUCUGAGUGAAAACUCCAUCUCAGGUCCAAUUCCAACAUGGAUUGGAAACUUGCUGCGGAUGAAGAGACUUCACUUGUCAAACAAUCUAAUGAAUGGGACUAUUCCAAAAAGUAUCGGACAACUUAGAGAGCUGACUGAGUUGGGUCUUGAUUGGAAUUCUUGGGAAGGGGUAAUAUCUGAAAUUCAUUUCAUUAAUCUUACAAAACUGGAAUAUUUCUCUUUACACUUAUCACCCAAAAACCAGUCUCUCCGUUUUCACGUGAGACCUGAAUGGAUUCCUCCCUUCAGCCUCUUGUCUAUCGAUAUUUCCAACUGCUAUGUAUUAUCUCCCAAGUUCCCCAACUGGCUUAGAACUCAAAAAAUACUUAACACAAUAGUUCUUAAAAAUGUGGGGAUUUCAGAUACAAUACCAGAAUGGCUUUGGAAACUAGAUUUUUCAUGGUUAGAUCUUUCUAGAAACCAAUUGUAUGGAAGGCUUCCCAAUUCAUUAUCCUUUAGCCCAAAAGCAUUCCUGGUGGAUUUAAGCUUCAACCGCUUGGUGGGCCGAUUACCACUUUGGUUUAAUGUGACAUUGCUCUUUCUCGGAAACAAUUCAUUUUCAGGUCCAAUUCCCUUGAACAUCGGGGAAUCAUCGAGUUUGAGAGUCCUUGAUGUUUCUGGUAACUUGUUAAAUGGCAGCAUUCCUUCAUCAAUUAGUAAACUAAAGGAUUUGGCAGUAAUCGAUCUCUCAAACAAUCAUUUAUCUGGAAAGAUUCCAAAAAAUUGGAAUGAUUUGCAGAGUCUUCAGACCAUAGAUCUAUCCAAGAACAAACUGUCUGGUGGGAUUCCGAGUUGGAUGUGUUCAAAAUCUUCACUUAUUCUGUUGAUAUUGGGUGACAACAAUCUUACUGGGGAACUCACUCUAAGUUUACAAAACAGGUUUUCGGGGGAGAUACCCAAAUGGAUUGGAGAAAGAAUGCCAUCACUGGAGCAUCUGCGUCUACGAGGCAACAUGUUCACAGGAGAUAUUCCUGAGCAAUUGUGUUGGCUUUCUGAUCUCCACAUUUUGGAUCUUGCACUGAACAAUUUAUCAGGAUUCAUCCCACAAUGCUUAGGCAAUUUAACUGCUUUAAGUUUUGUGACCUUAUUAGACAGAAAUUUUGACGACCCCAGAAUUCAUGAAUACUAUUCGGAGCGCAUGGAGCUAGUUGUAAAGGGACAAGAUAUGGAAUUUGAUAGAUAUUGCCAAUUGUGA